ACACCCAAGGGAGGAACAUGUUUAUUUCAAAGUUGAUCAUUUUCAAGCGAGUGCUGACUGAAAGCAAACAGGAGCCUGUACGUUUUUAAUAUGGACAAUAUAUUUUUGUUUUUUCUACUUUUGCUUCCACUAGCUGCACCAAAAGGCUCUCACUCUUUGUGGGUGCUUGCAACGUACAUUAAAGGACAAACGCCAUUUCCUGAAUUUAGCUACGUAGCGAUGCUGGAUGAUGUCAGAAUUAUGUAUUAUAAUGGUGAGACGAAAACACUCCAUCCAAGAGGAAAUACAACAGCUGAAGACGAUGUGUUUGAUUCAGAUGUUCUCCUCACAAUAAGUGACUACAUGCAGUCAUCUUUUAUUAACAAAUGGGCAGUCGCAACAACAAAUGUAAACAAAACUGAAGGUGCUAUUGCCCUUCAGAGACUAGUCUUGUGUGAGCUCAGAGACAAUGGUGAACCGGGACAAAUGAUCACACGGGAUGCUGCCAGAGGAUCCACCACUGAUGAGCUGCUAUAUGUUGACAAGAAUUUUACAUAUCAGGGUACUUUAAAUGUCUCGGCUCCAGUGCUGAAUAUGCAUCUUGAAUUCAGCAUGAGGCGUCACGAAGUUUUAUACCAACCAUUCUGCAUCAAAACACUCAAGGGUUACCUUAAAAAAAGGAGGACUCAAAUCAAUAGAAAAGUGAAACCCAAGGUCAGGCUCCUCCAGAGAGAACUGUCUUCUGGGUUUCGUGUGAGUUGUUUGGCUUCAGGAUUUUACCCUCGUCACAUCAACCUGACCCUGUUCAGAGAUGGGCAGCCUGUAUCUGAUCAUGAGAUCACUGGAGGAGAUCUGCUGCCCAAUGCUGACGGGACGUACCAGAUGAGGAAGAGUCUGGAGAUCAGUGCUGCAGACAAACACAAAUACACCUGCUCUGUCACACACCUCAGUCUGGACAACAAACUGGACGUCACUUUGGAGUUUGAUCACGGGGAACCAUUUAAAUCAGUGAUUGCUUCAGUUCUGACAGUUUUGGCUCUGAUGUUGGUAAUUGGAGCUGCAGUUGCUAUAUAUGCAUUGAAAAGACAACAUGCAGAUUCAGUUAAAACCGGGUAUUCUACUGCUUCUACAUCUGAAGAAAGCAUGGACACAUUCAGAACUGAUGUGAAUCCCAGGACACAAAGUGUCAAUCUGUAAAUUUAUUUGACCUACACAAUUCCCACUAUAGGGGCAGCUGUGGCCUAAUGGUUUAACAGUUAAACUUGUAACCUGAAGAUCGCAGGUCUGAGUCUCAGUGCCAGCAGGAGGUGGGGGGGGAGUGAAUGAACAGUGCCACUUCCACUCUCAAUACCCAUAAGCAAGGCACUGAACCCCCAAUUGCUCCCCAGGUGCUGGAUCAAAAAUGGCUGUCCACUGCUCUUGGUGUGUGUGUUCAAAGUGUGUGUGUGUGUGCCCUAGUCACUGCAGUGUGUGUGCGCACUUGGAUGGGUUAAAUGCUGAACACCUAUUCUGAGUAUGGGUUACCAUACUUGACAAAUAUCACGACUUUCACUUUAUAAUUCACUGGUUGAGCCCUUAAAGAUAAUAAUUCUAUUUCUGUGUCAUCCACUGUCAAUUGAUUGAUUGUCACAUUGUCUUACCUUUCAAUUCCUUGACCUAAAAAAAAAGAGAAUAUCAAGUUAACACGUAUUCCAAUCUUGCAGAUUGAGCUUGUAAUAUAAUAGACUUUUAAAAAACAUGAAAUAUGUGAGAUUUGAAAUUGACAGUCCUUUUAAGUCAUAAUUUCAAAGACUAUAUAUGCAUUGUUCUGGACAGUCAGCUUUGAAAGGUGUA